AUGUCCGCCACCGCUCAUCUGUGGAUUGAGGAGGACGUCAAUAAUUCAGAGGUCCUAAACGCCGUCAACCCACAUCCCGAGUUGGGCUACUUCCAUGGUUGGGCCGAUCCCAAACAACAACUCGGGAUGACAGCCUCACUUCACGCGCGUCUCGUGUCUCUGCGCAGGAUAACAGCGCUCCGCCUAAUGAAGGUGUCCUUGUCAGUUCUGUAUCACACCUUGUGGAAGUCUCUGUAA